AUGUCUACAGAUCUUUGGAGUCGUCUUGAUGCCAUUAUCAUCCAAUGGAUAUACAUCACCAUCUCAAAUGACCUCCUCCAAACUAUUCUUAAACCCAAAUCCACUACUACACAAGCUUGGACUGCCCUUGAAAGUAGUUUUCAAGAUAAUAAAAAAGAACAGGCACUCUAUCUCGAACACAAACUGGUCACCAUCAAACUUGCAAUAUUCCCAAACUGUUCAGCAUACUGCCAAGCCCUCAAGAUGUUAUCUGAUCAACUUUCUAACGUGGGUUCACCGGUUUCAAAUCAAUGCCUUGUCUUGCAACUAAUUGUUGGCCUUACUGAGUCUUAUGAAGGAAUUGCCAUGAUGAUACAACAAACGAAACCUCUCCCGGAUUUCUAUGAGGCCCGUUCCCGCCUUAUUCUGGAAGAAACUAGAAAGGAUAAUAAUGCAGCCUAA